AUGAGGGCAGCGACUCGANUUUUUCCUGCCAUCUUGAUUUUAGCAGGCUUUUUCUUGAUCAGAACAUACCUGUAUCGCUUGCCAAUCGCGGACGCCUUCCAUGGCUCCGACCUCAAGUCGCUCGUUAGUAUCGGGGAUACUAUGUCAACAGAGGCGUCAACACAAGUCGACGAGGCUGUAGAACUGACCCCAGCAUCUGCGCCAAACGAUGGGCGCUUUCAAGCAACUGCUACUGCGCAAGACGUGGCCCCAGCUACCGAGACUGCAACAACAAGCAGUCCGAGCUCUCCUGAUCAGAUUGUUGUGAUGGGUAAAACCAACAGCGAGGAUACAUCUUGGGUCGAAAAGCUUCCGACGUCGGUUUUCUCGGCAGCUUGCCUUUCCCGUGACGAGUUGCUGACACGGAUCGCAGGUNGGCGCAACGCUGUGUACUCAGUCGACAACGAUACUUGGUCUUUACACACUUCAAGGAAUAAAGGGCGCGAGGCAAAUGUCUAUCUGACUUACCUUGUGGAGAAUUACCAAAAGCUUCCAUCAACCAUUGCGUUUGUGCAUCCUCAUGAAGACGGUUACCCACGAGCAUGGCACACAGAUGCAGAAGGCUAUUCGAAUAUCAAGAGCUUAUCGUCUCUCAGGACCGAUUUUGUUCAAAGCAAUGGUUAUGCUAAUCUUCGCUGCAUCGCCAUACCGGGCUGUCCAGAUGAAAUCCAACCCUUUCGCGAGUCGCACGACGAGGAAGACCGAAGAGCAGAACACGCAAUGGCGGACGCGUGGAAACAAAUUUUCGGUAAUGACGAUGUGCCGAAAGUAAUAGGCACUCCUUGCUGUGCCCAAUUCGCUGUCUCACGAGACCAAGUCCACAAACGGCCCGUAGAGUUCUAUGUCGAUGCUCUGAAGUGGCUGCACGAGACACCACUUGAUGAUGCCACAAGUGGGCGUGUGUUCGAAUAUAUGUGGCAUAUCAUUUUUGGUCAGGAACCAAUAUACUGUCCUGAUUUGAGCCAAUGUUAUCACGAUGUUUAUGGAAGAGCUUAG